AUGCAAGACUCAAGUCCCAUCUCCUUCAUCAAAACCCCCCAAUCCGCGCUCCUCUCCAACCACGAAGUCCUCCUGCACCUCCGCCAAGAAGACGCAGAGUACACCGGCGCUGAUGAGACGGGGAGGAAACGGAAGAAGCCAUCUGGUUUGACGCAUAUAUUGCGAGAUGGCCUCGCCUACCUCCAAACCGCCGAAUACACAACCUCCUCCCUAGCCGACGCGCACCCCUCACGUCCUAGAACGCUCUACCGCGGGCCCCAUAGUUUAUUCCGUGCGUUGGCGCCCAAGUACCGGUUGAACAAGGCGGAGUAUCUGCAGUUGUAUGAUCUGAGGCCGACGACGCAGGUUACGUUGGAACUGAUUGUUGAGGAGGCGGGAACACGGUUCACGGAGGACGAAUUACAUGAUAUUCUGGCUAUUAUUCAGCAGGUGUUUGAUGAGGAGGAGGGGGUCAUUCCGGAGGGCGUGGAGGAUAUGGAGAUGCCGAAGAUUGCGAAUAAGCUGUUGGGUGCUAAUAAGAAGAGGAGGAAGGUUAAGCGGAAGGUUUGA